UCUCCGCUUGUUGACCCUCGAGUACGCGCUUAAUUUUCUUUUGUCUCCUAAGAUAUCAGCCAAUACUGACUCUCCACCGCAUUGCCAGGUGGUCUUCUGUUCGUGGUAAGCUAAAAGCUCCAUGCUGUGGUGGCGUUUUGAUUUUAAGACUCGGUUCAGGCGAACCUCCUUGACAGGACCCACUUCCUUCCUUCGCCUACCUCAUUUCUUCCACUCUCGUCCCAGUUUCCUUUUCGAUUGGUUUUUUUAUUACCACCUUACCCUUCAAGCCUUUUCCUCGCUGGACAGGGAGCGAGGAACCCACCGCUUACUGAAGAGACCCUUUCUAUUGCCGUACUAGCCCGUGGUUCCUCUGAGACCAGCGGUUCUGGUUCGGUAAUUCGAGGUUUUGAAAAGAACGCCAGCCAUCCACACCGGCUGCGGUCAAAACUCCGUUAUAGACAAGUCCGAUUGCAUAGACCCAUCACCCGCGGACCAUCUCCCGAUGUCUCCGGUUGAAAUUCUUUCUGCUUUGAACCCACUCGACCACUUCAUUUCAAGCAACUUCCCAAAUUUUCCAAGAAAUCCAGACGCCUCUUUCGACCCUGUGGUCCAGGACCUGCCAGCGUUGAUUGACGUAGCAACCAAUGACACCGCAGGAGAGAACCGGCUAGAUGAUGACAAAAUAUUUUCUUCCCUCCCUCCUCUAUUCAGGGGACACCCCGAAAUCCAUCUUCGUAAGGGCAUCAUAGAUGCCGCAAUGCGAGCUGGCGCGAACGAGGUUGACGCAGAAAGAGCCUUUUUCGUAGCUGAUCUCAGCCAAGUCUACCGCCAACAUGAGCGAUGGAUCAAGAAUCUUCCAGAGAUCGUCCCACACUACGCGGUCAAGUGCAACCCGGACCCAUACGUUCUGAGGCUCCUCGCUGCUUUGGGGGCUGGCUUUGACUGCGCAUCCAACGGGGAAAUUUCUCAGGUCCUCAGCAUUGGUGGCGUCGAUCCAUCGAGGAUCAUUUUCGCAAACCCAUGCAAAGCAACUUCUUUUGUGCGGAGCGCUGCAAGAGCUGGUGUUAACACUAUGACGUUCGACAAUGCCGAUGAAUUGUAUAAAAUUGCGCGUGCACACCCGGAUGCCAAACUUAUCGUUCGGAUUCUCGCGGAUGAUUCCAAAAGUAUCUGUCGGUUCGGUAUCAAAUUUGGAGCACCCCUUGAGGUUGUUCCCAGCCUGUUGUCGAAGGCUAAGGAGCUCGGGCUAGACGUAAUUGGGGUCAGUUUCCACGUGGGAAGUGGAUGUUAUGACCCAACCAUCUACGGUGAUGCCAUCAGGCGCGCCCGCGACGCCUUCGCUAUGGGGUCGCAGGUUGGCUAUCAGUUUUCCCUGCUUGAUGUGGGCGGUGGUUUUGAAGAUGCGCGAUUCGAAGCCGCCGCAUCUGUUUUGGCCGACGCCAUCAAUCAUUACUUCCCUGACCGAAAAGGUAUCAGGCUAAUUGCGGAGCCUGGCCGUUUUUAUGUGUCCAGAGCAUUCAGCCUGGCUGCCAACAUCAUCGCACGCAGGGCGCCGAUGAUCGAGAAUACUUUGGAGCCCUUGGAUCCGAAGCCAACUUCGGAUGAACCAAGCGUCAUGUACUACAUCAAUGAUGGGGUGUACGGGGCGUUCAACUGCAUCAUGUUUGAUCACCAGACCGUCAACCCCUACGUGCUUUCCCUUGACGGAUCGUUCCACGUCUCUUCCUCGGAGCCUUUGUCUCUGUGCAGCGUAUGGGGGCCGACGUGUGACUCUAUUGACUGCGUGUGCAAGGCAGUUGAAUUGCCAGGUGCCCUUCAAAUUGGGGACUGGCUUGGAUUUGACAACAUGGGUGCAUACACUAUAUGCGCUGCGAGCCAAUUCAAUGGAUUCAAGUUCAGUAACGUGAUUUAUACUACAAGCAAAGUUGGAGGAGAGGAGACUAGACGGGCACUAGAGAACUUUGCUGGGAAGGGAUAUGGACACGGGGGUGGACCUUACUAGAUGGAUAUAUAUAUAAGGAUAAGUUGGAAAUGUAAAUAGACCUGUGUUUGUCGUGAUGUUGAGUGACGAGGUGACGGUAGUUGGAGGUGAAAAAAUGACCUAAUUGGG